CCGUUCACCCCCGAAACGAUCGAGAAUGGCGAUAUCCACGUAACGCAUAGAUUCUCUUUUUGUGUACUCUAAAACAGAAACGAAAUAUUCCCAUUGUUUGUGUUACAAGUGACAUUUUUUGCAAUUCUGAAAGUUUUAAGAAUGUCAAACAGUCUCAAUGUCGAGGACGACAGUCUACAAGUCAGAAACCGAGCGAGCCUGUCAUUGAAGAUGCAACGAGGCCUUAAAAAAAUGAAGAGAAGCAUUCAGAAGAUGACCGAAUCUUCGACGACUGUACAACCUCACUGCGUUUUCGUAGAGAACAUGCAAGACGACGAAAAGCAGCCGGCAUAUAUAUUCCCGGAGAGACUCUCCUCUUUAACGUGCCAAACGGGCUUCUCGAAGGACGAGAUACGAAAACUCUAUCGAGCGUUCAAACAGUCUUGUCCACGAGGAGCCGUGACCACAAACGACCUGAAACCGGCGUACGCGAAAUUAUUCCCGUUAGGGGACCCGGCCAAGUACACACAGAUUAUUUUCAACACCUUCGACCGAGACGGCGACGGUGUGGUCAGUUUUCAAGAUCUUCUUGCUGAAAUAGCCCUGAUCACGAACGGCGAUCUGGACCAGAAGCUCUCCUGGAUCUUCAGGUUUUACGAUCUGAACGGAGACGGUUACAUCACCAGAAAGGAAAUGUUGGUCAUAAUAUCCGCGAUUUACGAGAUGCUGCAUAACGGAAAAACUAUCCAGCGAAUGGUCGACAGGCACGUGGACAUGGUUUUCGAGAAGAUGGACGCCGAUAAGGACGGAGUCAUAUCUCGAGAGGAAUUUAUCAACAGCUGUAAAAAUGAUUCUUUGAUUCAAAAUCAACUGGCGAUAUUUAAUCAGUUUUGGUGAUAAAAUACAUAAGUACCAAAGUUUUCUAAAUUGUAUUAUUCGUUUAAAAAAAAGUGCGACUCUGGAAUCCUCCGACUUCAUACGUGUUCUUAUUCCUAUAAUAAAAUAGUACAAUUAUACAGCACAGGUUUCUCUUAAAAUUAAACAACACGAAGUUACUAACGAUUCAAUCACAUAUCAACUUUCCUGCUU